CGAGGGCUGGUGAUGAUACGGAAUGGGAUGAAGAUACCCAUUUUACAGACGAGUACACAGGCCAGGGAAGAUUUUAAUCCCGGAUCUCAGCGCACUAACGGCUAACGUUGCGCUCAGUUUGCACAUCCGCUCCGGGGCUGUUCUGUGGUCCAGGAGGACUCGGACCGCAGGCCCCGCCCCCUCACGGAGCGCCCCGCCCACGCCCCGCCCACGCUCUCGCGAGAGCUGGGAGGCAGAUAAUGGCGCCGACGUUAGCGUGAGCUCGCGGCCGCCCAGGGAGUCGCCGCAGCCUCAGCCGGGGCCGCAGGAGCUGCGGGAACAAAAGGCCUGGCCGGGCCAAGGAUGGAACACUUCCCAGUAGCUCCCUGCCCUCCCUUGGAGGAGGAACCCUCUGUGCCCAGCCCGGACAUGCUGAUCCAUGCAGAGGCCAGCUCCAGGGAGGCUGACAAGGACGUGUCCCCAGGUGUGGCUGCUGCAGCCACCUCCUUCUCCAUGGGGGAGGAGUCAGGUCCUGACCAGACGGCCACACCUCCAUUGUGGGAUCGCGGAGGGUCUGGAGGGGCCCAGCAGGGUGCCUCCUCAGCCCCAGACACUGGCCAGCCUGGCCCUGGACCUAGCCUUGGCCCAACCAGCACAGUCCCUGGGACCAGUGAGGACCUGCGGCCUCCCAGGCGACGCCCACCACCAGGCAAGCUCUUCCGCUGCUCCGCCUUGAACUGCACGGAGACCUUCCCCAGCAUGCAGGAACUGGUGGCACACGGCAAGCUGCACUACAAACCCAAUCGCUACUUCAAGUGUGAGAACUGCCUCCUGCGCUUCCGCACGCACCGCUCCCUCUUCAAGCACCUGCAUGUUUGCGCUGAGCACGCGCAGAGCCCAGGCCCGCCGCCAGCGCCCGCCCUGGACAGGGAGCCGGCCACGCUGGAGCGCCCCGCGGAGCCCGACUCUGCGCUGGGCUUGCAGUACCCGCUACUGGAGCCCUACACGAACCCCGCCCCUGCCCCCACCGGGCCCUUUCUGCCCUACUUGAACCCCGCAUCCUUUGGCCUGAACCCCGCGCGCCUGCGCCCCUUCCUGGCUGCCACUCCUGGGCCGCCGGCCUCCAGCGCUGCUGUCUGGAAAAAGAGCCAAGGUGCCGGUGGCAGUCCUCGAAGACCCCAGGGCGGCUCCGACGCGCCCGCAGGGCUCGCGGCCUCAAGCCGCAUUUUGUGGGAGCACACGCGUGGUCGCUACUCGUGCAUGCAGUGCACCUUCUCCACAGCCUCGCGGCCCACCAUGACCCUGCACCUGGAGGACCACCGCUCCAUUGCCCCCGGGCAGCCUCGCCCGGACUGCCCGGUGGGUAAGGUCGGGGAGCACCAGGGUGGGGAGGGGCGGGCCUGAGGCUCAGCCAUGUUCUCUGCCCCACCCAGACCUGGCCCCGUUUGCACCAAAGGUGUCACUCGCUGCUCUAAGAGGGGGAACGAACAGUUUUCUUGCUCUGGAAGCUGAGUGAAGAGUGGGUCAUGAGAUGUGGGUAGUUUUGUAAUUUUAGUGGGGCCUGAAAUGGAUUGGGAGAGAAAUAAAAGGCGCAAUGAA